ACUACACUGGGAACUACACACGCUCUUACUGUCCACUGCAAAAGAAUCACAAAAAGAAAGCCGAUCGCGCUUGGAUUAUAACUAUGACUCUGGAAGAGAUCCGCGGACAAGAAAACACCAUGGAAAACGUUGAUAGGGUGCAGAAUGCAGGCACAGCCCUGGAGGAGCUGCUGGUCGCUGCAAAGAAGCAGGACUACCUGACAGUCGGAGUUUACGAGGGUGCCAAAGUCAUGAAUGUCGACCCAGACAGCGUGGCAUUCUGCGUGCUCGCCACGGAUGAGGAGUACGAGUGUGACAUUGCGCUUCAGAUCCACUUCACCCUCAUCCAGGCUUUCUGCUUCGACAACGACAUCAACGUGGUGCGCGUUAACGACAUCGAGCGGCUGGCCGACCUCGUGGCUGCAGACAGCACCGGCGAGCCCAAGGACGCGCACUGCAUUCUAGUCACGAGCCCCAGCGCAAACCCGUGGAAAGACCCUGCUUUAGACAAGCUGAGCCUGUUCUGCGAAGAGAGGCGCAGUGCAUAUGACUGGGUGCCAACCAUCACACUACCAGAGCGCUGAAGACACAUUCCCCUAAAGAUGCUUCACGUGAUGAUGAAGAAAAUGAUGAAAAGAAAGUCAAGGAGCUGAGCUUCAGCCGGGGGAGUCAAGCCUUUUUGCUUCACCUGUCUGGAUUAAGAGGCUGUGACUGCAACCUACCCCUUCCUCUGCAAGCCUUCCAGAGCAUUCUGGGUCAGCAUGUUGGUUCUGGAUUACCCUGUGGGAGGAGUUGAAGUUCAGAGGGCCAUGUGUUGACUGGGUCAAGUGGACAGAAUGCCCAAUGGACAGAGGAGAAGCUGGAAUGUGCUGCGUGGUACAUUAAGUGGUGACUCAGUGAUACGGGGAUCUGAGCAGGCAAGCACCCAGAGAGAGAGAUGCUGUGGUCUCAUUAAGGUGGAGGACCAACGUCAGGUGCUGGUUCUGAAGAGGGUGCCUGAAAGUGUCCAAAUGGACUUUUCUUUAUGAAAUCAGCUAUCAGGAAGUUCUUGGGAUGAGCAGAGACUGCUUGCAAAUCCUGAUUCAAGCUGUUUCUGAGAUGUUUUUCAUGGACUAUUAUUCUUACUUUGAAAUAUGCAGACAAAACAAUGCAAUAUCAUUUUGAAUUGUACUCAUUAUUAACUGUUUUGUGAAUAAACAUUUGGA